AUCUUUUCUUUGUGUAUUCGGUUUGUUAGAGACGCACCUGAAUUUUUUGCUUUUAUUAAGGUGUAAUUUUAAUAUUUGUGAAAAAUGUAUUUUUUAUUGUGUAUUGUUGUAAAUUCCAAUGCUACGUCGUUUAAUGUGUUGUAAAGUGCACUAAUAAAACAUUGAAGCAACGCAAGUACUGCUGAACAACCUUGGAUAUCUGUGCCAGCCAGUCCGAUUUGUGUAAACGAACUCAUCAAUCCAGAUACGUAUAUACAUACAUACAUACGUAAAAGUAGUCCAUUCAACUUUGACAAGAAUAAAAUAAAGCGAUAGAAGGGACAAUGGCUUCCGAUAUAGAAAUUGUGAACCUUAACAACUUCGAAAAGAUACAGAAUUUUCUAAACGAUUCAGCUUACAAGGAGAUACUUGAAAAUAGUGAGAAUUUUAAUACACGUCUGUGUAUUGAACGGCGGCUACGUAUGCCAUUUCUAGAUCCGCAGACUGGUGUUGCUCAAACACAUUGCGCACUUUUCAUGAAGCAGCGUCAACGUAUGCCUGGUUUCCGCGAUGGCCAAAUAUACACUUAUCCCUCGGCACGUUGGCGAAAACCCAAACGGCAAUACUUGCUCAAUCAUCAUCACAGCUAUAGAGCUUACCAGUAUCGUGAGCCACACUACCAUCAAUCCACUGGCAAUGCUUCAGGACGCGAUCAUUUCCAAACUGAAAGCGCAGCUAUCGUCGCAGCUGAUGGCAAUUCCAUGAGUGCUUCAGGCGAUAAUGACAGCAAGGAUUCGCAUGCUAACCCCGAAAAAGAUUGGUUUCAUGAGGAUAUCGACAUGUCGCAUUAUCACCAUGUUGACGACUUCGAGGAGGACUUCGAAUCGGACAAUGAUUAUGAUGAGUCGUAUAGCAGCCGCGGCAAGCGCAAACGUGGUACACGCUCAGCACGCAAAAGUACAGCAGCUGUUGAUGGGACUCCAAAGCGUGGACGCAAAGGAGGCGGCAGUCGUCGUCGCAACAAUGCGGAUGGUGAGGGCAGUGGUCGUCGACGUGGCGGCGCCAGCAAUGCCAGCAACAACAACGCAAACACUGCCGCGGCAGCAGCUGCUGCGGCUGCUGCAGUUGCCGCUGCAGCAAGUGCUGUCGCCUCAAGCAUGGAAGCAAGCAAUUCAAAUUCAGCAUCACCAAUAGGCACAAACGAUGAAACUUCACAAUCGGCAAUUGUAUUACCAACCAAUGCACCAAGUGCUGGCAUAACAUUUGAUAAAACCAUAGGAGAAACGGGUGCAGCUGUUGCAGCUAAUUCCGAUGCCAGUGCAACCACACUUCCCAGUACAAGUAGUGCAGGGGGGGUAACAAGCGCAGCCGCAGUACCAACCGGUACCCCAACAACGCCGGCGACUGCAAAUAUUGCGACACCGGUUGCGGCUGGUGCCGGCAUAAAGAAGGAUUUGAAAAAUAAAUUACGUGCAGAUCGGGAAGUGGCAACGCCAUCUACAUACUGCGAUUUCUGUUUGGGUGAUCAACGUGAGAAUAAAAAGACAAACUUGCCGGAAGAAUUAGUCUCAUGCUCCGACUGUGGCCGUUCCGGUCAUCCUUCUUGCCUACAAUUUACACCGAACAUGAUUAUCUCCGUAAAACGCUAUCGCUGGCAAUGCAUUGAAUGCAAGUAUUGUUCAAUAUGUGGCACUUCAGACAAUGACGACCAAUUGCUCUUCUGUGACGAUUGCGAUCGUGGCUAUCACAUGUACUGUUUGUCGCCACCAUUGAUUACGCCACCAGAAGGAUCAUGGAGUUGCAAACUUUGCAUGGAUGAGUUUCACAAGGAUGAGAAAUAAUAAAGCUAACGCAAUGUGGCGAACAAAACAUAAAAAAAAAUACAAAAAAAUAUAUAUAACUUCCAGUUAAACGCAACUACGGAAAUAGACUGAGUUGGAUGAAAAGAUGCGCGACAUUUAAUAGGAGAGUGAUCUAAAGUUCAUAUAUAUUUCUUAGCAUUUCACAUGAAUCACUCUGCAGCAACUUGGCAUAUAAGUGAAAUGAAAUAUUUGCAUUGUAAUACAGAAGUAUAUAAGUAUAUACAACAAUUUGCGAAGCUCAGAUAAAUUUAUGUUAAUUCGAAAAUCGCUUAAGUUGAAAGAUUUAUAUAAUGUCGAUUUGUCAUGUAUCAGUUUUUAAAGUUAGUCUUAAAUUAUAAUGCCGUUUAUGCUAAUCUAAGCUAUUUUCAUUUAUAAAGUAUAUUAGUAUAUUAGUAUUGUAUGUAUUUGCCAAACCCACGCUACUGUACGCAACGAGUUUUCAAAACCAUUAUUCUGUUUUAAUAUGUUUGUACGUGUGUCAGCACAUUGCUUAUACGUAACGUUGCAAUUGGCUAAAUUAACUUUUUAUUUUAUAAUUUCUUAAUGUAAAUUUGAAUUAGCAUUUAUGUAAGGCAUCAUUAAAUUUGUAAGAAAAUUGUGCAAAUUUUUUGUGGAAUUAGCUUAUAAAUUUAAAAAAUUUAUUAAUAAUAAUUUAACUUUUUUUAAGGAAUCAUUGACAUCUCUUCCAAGUUUAAGUAAAAAAAAAUCUGUAUUAAAAGUUUGUCACCUGAUGAUAUGUUAUGAUCUAUCAACCAAUAAACGCAAAUAUUUUUUUUAAUUAUGAACAUAACAUAAAUACAUACAUAUAUAAUAUAUUUAAAAUAUACAUGACAGUACGCAUAAAUGGGUAAUAAUGUAACUCAAAAAUAUUUAUUGCACUAUGCGCUCAUAAUUAUUGCCAACGAGCAUGAUAAAAUGAAAAAUAAAAAUAAAACAUAACCGUAAAGCUA